AUGUCAAGAACUGCUGCCACUUUUCAAAAUCUGAAGAAAAAAUAUGUCAUGGAAGUUGAUCAGUGUGCAUUUUGUGCUCAAGUAAGUGAAGAUGUUGCUCAUGCUUUAUUUUACUAUUCUAAUGUAAGGAGGGGUUGGAUGGAUUUUUGUUCUCAAAUGGGUAUUGUGGAUACUGAUUUUUCUUUUUGGGAUUUGGCAAAUCUUGCACUGGAUAGAGGGGCGGAUGAGUUAUUGACAAAAUUUGUUAUAAUUGCUUGGGGGAUUUGGUAUAGAAGAAAUAAAUUUCUCUAUGAGCAGGUUUCUAUGCAAAUUAGUGUGGUUGUGAAUAAUGCUUUGAAUAUUCAGCAUAAGCAGUUACAAGUUUUUGAUGUUUCUAAUAAGAAGAUACAUAGAGUUGUGUCUUGGAAUCCUCCUCCUAUUGGAUUUUUGAAGUUGAAUGUUGAUGGGGCUAUGUUUGGAGAUCAAAAUUUUGCAGGGGUAGGGGUACUUCUUAGAGAUCAUAAUGGUGAUGUUGUAGUGGCCUGUAGCAAAUCUGAAAGGGAAGUCUCUUCUGCGGAAUUUAUUGAGGCAACAACUUUGUUAAAGGGUUUACAACUAUGUGCUCAAUGGGGAGUCCCAAAAGUGUUAUUAGAAACUGAUUGUUUGAUACUUGUGCAUGCUUUGAAUGAUAUGGCUGAAUUUCUAACUGACUUUGACUUUAUUCUACAAGAUAUUCGUAGACUCAUGAGGGGUUUUCAAGAGGCAAAAGUUGUUCAUGUUAAUCGGCUAGGCAAUAUGCUACUCACCAGUUGGCAAGAUAUGCUUGAGAAGUUAAUGAUGUUGUGA